AUGAUUAGCGCUAUCGCCGAUUUCAUUCAGACUAGAAUUGAGCUGUCUCGUGACUUUGUUUACGGGCCGCCUGCCAAUUACACCGAGAAGGACUACCCGCAUCUCUCCGGUAAAGUGUACAUCGUGACUGGUGCUUCAUCGGGCAUAGGCUUUGAAACUGCUCGCCUGUUAGCCGGAACGAAGGCCACCGUCUACAUUACCGGCCGCACACCGUCCAGAAUCGAAGGUUCCUUGGCCAAAUUGCGUGACGAGUUCCCCGAUACCAAGAUCGAGGCCCUGAGAAUGGACUACACCGACUUGUCUACUAUCAAACCAGCCAUUCAGAAAUUCCUGAACGCUGAGACCCGUCUCGAUGGCAUUGUCCACAAUGCCGGUGUUGAGUACAAUGGCCCCCACCUCACUGAUAUUGGCUACACUGAGGUUCUUGUGGUAAACACGUUUGCCGGCCAGCUCGUGCAAACUCUUCUCGACCCCAUUAUGAUCAAGACAGCCAAAUCUGCUCCCAAAAACUCAGUAAGAAUCAUUUGGCUGGCAUCGUCUGCCCACAACGUCUCCCCCCCGAACGGCGGAAUCUACUGGGACGAUAUCAACAACCCACCAAACAGAUUCGGAUUCGGUAUUUACGGCCAGACCAAGGCAAUCAAUGUGUACCAGGCUGUUCAGUGGGCCAAGCAUCACCAAGACAGCGGGAUUGUUUCCGUCUCGGUCCACCCUGGUUUCCUGGUAUCGGAUAUCUGCCGUGAAGUGCGCGAUCCCCUGUACUACUUCCGUCGCCCAACGAUUUUCGGUGGAUACCAGGAAGUAUAUCCUCUCGUCCAUCCGUCAAUUACCACCGAAGACAACGGAUCUUACUGGAUUCCCAUUGGUACCAAAGGACGCAUCCGGCCCGACGUGGAAAAGGGAGCCAAUGGCGAGAACGGCGAGCGGCUGUGGCAGUUCAUUCAUGAGCAAAUUAAGCCCUAUCUAUAA